AAAAUCUAAUGCAGGCGCCCGGAUCCGUAAUCCGAGUACUCGAGCUUGUAACACCAUUGCAUGCGACCGCGACCGUUCGCCGCCGCCGCGACGAUCACCGCCUCUCCGGGCGGAGCGCCGCGGUGAGAACGCGAGGAAGAGGUGGCCUCGUCGGGAUGGAAGACAUCGAAGACGUGGUGGCCGCCGGAGCUCUCCCGGAGCUCCGCCUCCCCCUGACUGCCGUCGGCGUGAAGCCGAAGAAGAAGCCCAGAGCUUGCCUCAUCCGCGACCUCAAUUCCAACUCUCAAAUCCCGGGCACGCAGACUAUAUAUAUGAAGACAUUCGGAUGCUCUCCUAACCAGGUUGGCCAUACUAAGGGAUAUAUCCAAGUGCUUGUAAUUGCUUCAGAGAGUAUGUUAGGUACCUCAACAGAUGUAAAGAUUACAUCAGUGGGAAGGUGGUCUGUUUUUGGUGAAGUGAUCGAGACUCAUAGCUCAGGUAACAUUAACUUGGAAGCUGCUCCUUGCCAGGAGGAUUCAUGCGAGAGUUGUGCUUGUUCAAGAGAGCCAGAACCCUGCCCAUGUACAGUGCAGAAUUUAGGGCAGCAAAUUGGCAAUGGCGGUCAUGAAGAAACUCCUAUUGCGAUGGUUAUGAAUAGUUCGACCACAAGAUAUCAUAUAGGGGGAACUUUUAUUAGUGCACUUCAGUCUAUGCAGCUCAGGAAGAGAAAGUUACAAGGACCGGUGAAGAUGAAUGAUGUGAAUGCAAAUAAAUUCCAGGAAAACCAGAAGACAAGUAGAAUGAGUGGUAAAUUAGCUACCAUGGAUUGGAUUUUGCUGAGUGGGAUGAUUGUAAGCUUUCUAACAACAAUAGCUCUUGUAAUAUUGCUUUCAUCUAGGAUGCUGUCAUCCUGAUAAAGGGACUGCAACUGUAGUAUUGUGUUUUUCUAUUGGUGCAAUAAUUUAUUUGCGGGUUUUCCUGCCUCUUUUUUCAGAUUA